AAUAAUCAUCAACAGCAACAGCAGCAGCAGCCGCAACAACAACAACAACAACGAUAUAUUGAUUAUAUGAUUGGAAUCAUAUUCGUUCAAGAAACUUUGAUCACUGGUGAUGAUAGUCGAAGAUUUCCAAAUGAAAUAUGUUUAGGUACAAUUUUAUUAUCUAAAUAUAAUGAUUGUACAUAUGUGGAUUCUUUACGUAAAAUUAUUCAACAAGAAUCUAUAUUUAAAAUGGAUGAUGAUUAUGCAUUUCUCACACCAUUCGGUUGUACAAUAACCGUUGAACAAGAAUCACAAACAUUAACCUAUCAUCUUAUAACGGAAAAAAAUACGAUAAGAUUUCGAAGGAAAUAUUGUCCAGAUCGUUUUUCAUUGAUUGGAUAUUAUUCUACGAAUCGAUCAUCAAUAUUUAUUGAUUAUAUUUAUGGUACUUAUUAUUUAGAUUUAAAAACAAUAAGAAAAAUUAUUGACGAUAAAUUGAAAGAUAUGAAACCGGUUAAUGAUAUGAAACUAUCGAAUACUAAUUAUUAUUUUCGACAAAAUUCCGGUUGUAUUAUUAAUCCAAUCAAUGAAUCGAAUAUAUUUUUAAUUGAAAUAGUUAAUUGUUUAAAUAUUAUGAUUGAAUUCGAAAAACAAAUCGAUAUGGAAACAAGAUAUUAUGCAGUUAAUCAGGAUCGACCGAUAAAAAAAUAUAUUGAAGAUACAGUAUCGACCAAUAUGGUUGAUGGACGAACUGAUUCUGUGUUGAUUAAAAAUCGGCCAUCAAGAUCAUUGUUUCGACGUAAAACAUCGAAAAGAAGAAAAGGACCACAGAUUAUGAUUAGUUAUGUACGACAUGAAGCGGCCGAUCAUGCAAUACAAUUGAAAAAAACAUUACUUGAAUGUGGAUUUUCAGUGUAUCUGGAUGUUCAUGAAAUUCAAAUGGGUAGUGAUUGGCAAGAUUCAUUGAAUUCUGCAGUACAGAAUUGUAACUAUUUUGUACCGUUAAUCACACAGAAUUAUGGCCGUACACAAUGGACGAAUAGAGAGAUAAAAUUAGCCGAUGUUAAACAAAAACAUAUCAUUCCAAUUAAUUUUCUUGAUUUAUGGCCACCUGAAUGUUUAGCAAUACAAUUUGCAACCACACAAUACAUUUCAUGGAAUCCACAAUCAGAUGCAAAUGAUCCAAAUAAUCGUUAUGAUGGUAAAACAUGGCCAUCGGAAGCAAUAUAUGGAGUAACAAAAUUGAUUAAAGAAAGAAUUUAUAAAUUAUCACAAAGAAUACAAUCUACGGCUAUUGACGAUAUAACGAUAAAUAAUACUGAUAAUAAUCGACAACAAACGAAUAGAAAAUUGAUUGUAAUUAGUGCACAUCCGGAACAGCAACAAGCGUCGGCAAGAAUUAAAUCAAUUCUAUCAGACAAAUAUGAUGUAUGGUGUAGUAAUGAUUUUAAAGAUUUUGAUGUUGGCACAAAAACAGUGAACAAAGAUAAUAAUACAUCAUCAUCAUCAUCAUCAUCAUCACCAUAUAGAAAUCGAUUUGAUCAGGAUUUGACGACAAUUAGUGAGGAAAAUUCCACGAUAACACGACCAACACAAGAUUAUGCACGUCAUAUUGCUGAAAAUUGUAAACAACGGCCAAAAUCUGUACCGAAUAAUGAUCGUCUAGAGAUAAAUAAAAAAAAAGAAUUAAGUCGUGUAUUUUCCUAUGGUGAAACAACACAUCAUUCAUCAUUUAGUCCAGAUAAAUUGGAUCAUUUACAAUGUUUUCAGAGAAAAGUUUCACAAUCAUCAUUAAUUAUUAUAUUAUCAUCAGAACAGUAUUUUAAAUCAAAAACAUCUGAAGAACAUGUUUAUUAUUGUGGACAACGAUUAGCAACUAUACAUGUACAAUAUGAUGAUAGUCCAUCACCGGUUUGGUUCACUAAAUUAACUAGCCAUGACCAUCCAUUGAAAUAUAAAAGCUCCACUUUUGAUGACGAUCUAUUGAAUCGAGUUAGUCGUACAUUGGAUCCAGAUUGUAAAGAGAUUAAAUAUUAUGAUCAUAUGAUUAAAUGUUUAGCAGAUAUGAUGAAAAAAAAUAUGCCCGACCAGGAAACAUGUGUAUUUGUAUUCGGUAGUACGAAUACGGAUAAUCUUGAUCCACGAACAAAUCAAAUAUGUCAGGAAAUUGGAAAAGAAUUGGCCAAAAUCGUAAAGAAUAUUAAUAUUAUAACCAAUGGUACAUAUGGUGCAGGUGAUAUUGUUGCACAUACAUUCUAUCAGGAACGUUGUACAAAUCAACAGACAACGCAAAAAUCUAUUGGUUCGGUAUUUCAUAUUGUACCGGAAAGGCAAGAUGAUUUGGAUGUUACACCGAAAAAAGUAUCCUAUGGACAAACAAUAUUUCUUGGUCAAUCGACAAAAGAAAGAGAUUCAGUUAUUGCACGUAUGUUAGAUACAGCACUUUUGAUUGGUGGCGAUAAAGACGCUGCAAGAGAAAUCGAAGAAUUCAUUUGGAAUGAUCAUUUUGUUAUACCGAUAAAAUCGACUGGUGGUGCAGCUGGUGGUGAAUUCGAAGUACCACAGAAAAUGUUUACAUGUCCAAUCGGUGUGGAUGAAAAUCGUUGGGCCGUAUUAUCACAAACAGAUGCAACACCACGUGAUGUUGCAAAAGCUGUUGUUGAUAUUAUAUUUCAAUUGAAAAAAGCCAUCUAUGAACAUGCUAGUAGUAGACAAAAAGUAGAUAAUGCAUUGAUACAGAAAAGUUCUAGUGAUCGUCAGGUAAAAAUACGUUUAGCUAAUCGAAAAAAAUUAAAUACCGGUUCAAUGAAUAGUAAUGGAAGCAAAACGGAUAAUCGUGAAAUGAAUAAUCCCAUUAUGGUAUUCAGAAAUAAUAAUCAUGAUCAUCUUAAUAAUAUUAAUCAUCAAUUUUUUCAUUUUGAUGUAUCAUCAACACAAUCAUCAAUGGAACAGCAACGAUCAUUACCAAUAUGGCCAAGAUCAAAUAGUUCAAGUGAAGAUUCAAGUAAUUCAAGCAAUAGUGAUUCUGGUGAUAAUGGUACUACUGGUGGUAGUAGUAUUGGUGGUGGUCAUAUCGGUGAUAAUAAAAUGAAUGGUAUACAAAAAUUUUUGCAACAAAUACGUAAACAUUUUACGAGAAAAAUAUGAAAAAAAAUCAAUCACACAACAUAACAUAAAAACGGGAAAUGAAAUAAAAAUUCUUGUCAUUUUUUUUCAAUAUUUAUCAUUCCUCAUCAAACUAUUUAUA